UCAAAACAUAUCAUCAAAAAGGUUUUUUUCAAACUUUAAGAGGUCAAAGAGGUGGGCAUGGGCCCCAUGAAAGAGGUGGGAAUGGGCCCCGUCAGGGAACUGUUGUAUCUAAUGAAGUCCGGGCCAUCGUCAUUGACUGUGUGGUAAACAGAGGCCUUACCAUGGCAGUCUGCCAAAUUAUUUCACCCCAAUCUGAAAAGAUCAACUGCCAAUUUGAUCAUGAGAACAUUUCGCCAAGAAAACCGGUAAGACUGCAGGAUAUGCACUAUGCUUUACCAUUACAUUUACAGUAAAUGACAUUAUAAUGCAUGUCAAUUCACAAAACAUGUUACAGUAUUCUUACAGUAUGAUCUAUUGACAGUAUACUCUGUUCUAUCCUCAGAAAUGACAGAAAACCCAAUGGUGGUGGCCAUGGCCGUGUGCUGACUGACCAGUAGGAGUGGGCAGUGGUGGAAAUGGCGAGGGCCAGGAAUGACAUACGGCUGUCUGAAAUAAAGCAGGCCAUUGAGGAGAACAAUGACAACUUUGCCAAUGUGGCAUCCAUCAGCCUAACAACAAUCGGCCACAUUUUGAAGAGGCACCAGGUAUCUAUGAAAAACAUUUACCUUGUGCCUUUUGAGAGAAACAACGCCUGGGUGAAACAACUGAGGGACGAGUAUGUUUAGGUACAGCACUAUACUGUUACUAUUUGAUGCACAUGCUACUUCACAAUAUAAUGUUGGAACUAUACUGUAAAAAUAACAAAUCACAAUAUAUAUUUAGAGGGUGAUGGUGCUUGAUGCUGCUGUGAACAAUCACAAGUAUAUCUUUGUUGAUGAAGCAGGCUUCAACCUGGCCAAAACUCGGCUCCGUGGGCGGAACCUCAUCAGCCAACGGGCGACCGUCCAAGUGCCUGAACAACGUGGGGGAAACAUCUCCAUGUGUGCAGCUAUCUCUGAAGAUGGUGUGUGAGAAGUCCUUCUCUGACCCAAAGACCAUGCCACCACCAGCUUCCCCAAACUGUCCCCCCCUCUACAGCCUCCACCCCCGCCGUACAGAUGUCAGUAAACCCGGGCGGUCGGAGGCUGAAACAGUGGCUAGUAGAGCAGAUCCAGAGCGGCCAGUACCCGGGGCUGCUCUGGGAGGACGACAGCCGUACCAUGUUCCGCAUCCCCUGGAAACAUGCUGGGAAGCAGGAUUACAACCAGGAGGUCGACGCCUCUAUCUUCAAAGCCUGGGCUGUGUUUAAGGGUAAGUUUAAGGAGGGGGAGAAGGCUGAGCCUGCUACAUGGAAGACCAGGCUGCGGUGUGCCCUCAAUAAGAGCCCCGACUUCGAGGAGGUGGGAGACAGGUCCCAGCUGGACAUCUCUGAGCCCUACAAGGUGUACCGUAUCGUCCCCGAGGAGGAGCAGAAGACAGGUAAAAGUGCAGCAGCAGCUUUGACAUCUAGCUCUGGUGACAUUACUGACAUGGACUGCAGCUCUGCAGACCUGGAGGAGCUCAUCAAAGAGGUGAAACAGUCUUCCAGUGAUGAGUACCUGGGUAUCAUCAAGAGGAGCCACUCUCCCCAGGAGGAUGGCUGUAGGAUGCAGCCCAGCCCAGAGUACUGGUCCCAGGGCAGUGUCAGUGUCUUCCCGGGGCAUCAAGAUCCCUCGCCGAUGGGUUCUUUCAAUGCCGCCUUCUCUCAGAUGAUCAUCAACUUCUUCUACGGUGGGAAGCUGAUGGACAGCGUGGUGACCUCUCACGCUGAUGGCUGUCGUAUCUCUCCGGGUCAGCCUCCCUUGGUCCAGCACAGGUCCCCCUACGGUCUCCCAGACAGCCUGCAGAACGUACGUUUCCCCCCCGCUGAGCUCAUUGAGGCUGAGCGCCAACGCCAUGUCACCCGCAAGCUCCUGGGCCACCUGGAGAGGGGCGUGCUGGUCCGUGCCAACCGCGAGGGCAUCUUCAUCAAGAGGCUGUGCCAGAGCCGUGUGUUCUGGAGCCGGGCUGGGGGAUUGGGUCCCCACUACAGCCCUGGGGGGCCCUGCAAACUGGAGAGAGAUGCUGUGGUGAAGAUUUUUGACACAGGAAGGUUCUUCCAAGCUCUCCAGCUGUACCAGGAGGGCCAGCUUCCUGCCCCUGACCCCAUGGUGACCCUGUGUUUCGGGGAGGAGCUUCAUGACCUCAGCACAGCCAAGAGCAAACUUAUCAUCGUCCAGAUCACUCCAGUGAACUGCCAGCAGCUGUUGGAUGCAGUGAGCAUGCAUCGUUCCCAGUACAGCAGUCCUAACCUGGAGAUCCAGUCAGAUGAGCUGCAGGCCGGGGAGCAGAUGGCCCGGAUCUACCAGGACCUGUGUAGCUACACCGCUCCCCAGAGGGCAGCCUGCUACAGGGACAACAUGCCCAUCACCGCCUGAACAGAGCACCUUCCUUCACUCCCCCUCAUUGAUAUAACAAGAAAGGACUGACAUGACAUAUGGUGAGAUAUGUCACUGACAUACACUUCAGCCUCUCACACCUCUUAGCCCUUGCUUACACCAUUCCAAUGCUUUUCGAUUCUUGAGAGCCAAUGAGCAAGUGCAUACUUUGAUUAAUGGAGAAAGAGAUGGGAUAGGGGAUCGGAGCAAAGCCAAUACUUUGCUUGGGUGUUACAGAGGCACUGUGUGUCAAGAAAGGGAAGUACUAUACAACCGUAUUACAAAUGGUGCUGUAAAGGUAUUACAAGGUUUACUCAUCAAAUUUACCACCCCAGUUAGUAUACCACGUUUUCCCCCAAUCCAGAAACAAACACAGUAAAAAUGUAAUAGAAUUCAGAAUAAGUAGUGGUUUGAACUAUUCUGUCUUGUAAACGUACUUUCAUUAAGGUUAUCACUAUGCAUCUUUAAAGAACGUGGUGAAUUUACUACAGCAGUAAAUUUGAUUGAAUAAACCCUGAAGUGUUGAAUGUUAUAUUAGAAUUUGUGUGUCUAUCGAUUGACUUGAUUUUGUGUGAUUUGUUUGUCAGUUUUCUCACCUGCUUUUAAUGUAUUUUUUAUGAUGGAAAAUGUGAUUGAUAUUCAAUCCAAUACUCCAUACUGCUCAUCAAAUCAAAGUGUAUAAACAUUUAACAUUUUUAAAUCAAGGGCCAGUAUAACUGUAAAAGGAAGGCAGGACAUGUAGGUACCUGUACACCAGAUUACCUAUUUUCUUUAUAUGUAGAACAUCCUUAAAACAUUUAUAUUUUUCUAUUUGUACUGUAGAAACAUAUUUUUCUUAUACUGUAUGAGAGAUUUUAACAGCAACAUGAUUGCUUGGAUUGUAUUUGAUAUAGAUAGGUUUUACUAUCGUAUUCUGCCCACUGUUUUACUCUCUGUGAAUUCAUUUUUCAAACUUUGAAAUAAAUAUCAAACUUUUCAGUGAA